CUUGGAGAAUAGGCGCCCUUUUUUGUUAAAAAAUAAUGUGUCUGUUUUUUAACCGUCUUUUUUUUUUCCUCCAUGUCCCAUCGGGGGUUCCGUAUAUUUUAACUUUCACUUCGCCUUUUACCGACCAGCUGCCGUCCAGUCAGGUCAGGUGAUUAAGUCACAUGACAGCUCCACUGACUGCCUGGCUGGCUGGCUGACAUGCAGCUAAACCUAGCAAUGUAAGAUUGCUAUAGCUAGCAGUGUAAACAAGCCGCACGAAUAUGGCGGGCGGAGGACGCAACGACACGACAUGAGUCAAGAAGUCUCCAUCCCCUGGAACACCUGAACACACCUUCCCUGAGCCAGAGCAGUGUAACGAUGGAGCCGGCCUUGCAUCCUUUUGGCUGCGAGGCCGAGACCUCACUGCAGGACCUCUUUGAGUACUUCAAGAGAUGCCUGAGGUGUGGAGAGUGGGAACUGGCCGGCGCCUGUGUGCCACAACUGGUCAAGUCCACAGGAGGACACUCGGGGAAGCUUCAGGAGAUACUCAAGGCCGCUGUCGGCCAUCCUUACAAGUUGAAAUGGGAGUCUGUGGGCAGUCCGCACAAGCUGGCUUGGUUUUGGCUUCAGGUCUUGGAGAAAUGGACAGAAGAGCGGGUUUCUCCCAGCGUCAAAAGAGAGUUGGAGUUCCUCCUCCUGUUGGAGCAUCUGCGGUCAGAGGGCCUCCAGGAGCCUCUUCUUCAGCAGGUGCAGCAGGCGUUUGGCGCCACAGAAGCGCUAGCAUCCACGCACGCCGCCGUGGAGUGUUGUCUGCAGACGUUGCUGGAGAAGAAAAGGCCUCGACUCGCUCAGUCGCUCGCUCAUUUCUUACAGGAUGAGUCCGGCAUCAGCAGCUCCGCCAUGCAGAACGUCUUCAUCCGCCACCUGCUGGAUAAACUAACAAAGCCCGAUACCGGAGCAGGGAAGUCGGACGAGUGGGUGGAGGAGAUCUACGCCGUGUUGGCCGUGAUGCCAUGGAGCGCUAGCGGCGGUGGCCAGUUGGAGGCGCUGUGCGAAGCGCUGUGGGCGGCCAGAGACGGGCCGCUGACGGAGGAGAGGGUGCUGAGCUCGCUGCUUCGGCCGCAUUGCGACGCGCUUGUGUCGGCGUACGGCUCGGCAGCACUGAGGCUGCGGAGGGACCGUCUGCUGAGGAGCGCGCCUGACCCUCCAGCGCACCUGCCCGAAGCGGGGAAACUGGCCCUCAGUCUGUGCUGCCACAAGGAUCGUCCAUCUGUGUGGAAGAUCAUCUACUUUGAGUGCCUGAGUAGCGGGAAGCACUUCCUUGAGCAGGUCUUGAUUACUGCACUUGACCUGAUCAAACACGAGGAGUUCAGCCAGCUGAGAGACAUGCUGCGCUCCGAGUUCCAGCCUCUGUGUCGCCUGCUGCUGCUGCUGGGAUGGACGCACUGUCGCAGUCUGACCUCGGCUCAGACGCUGCUCGCCGUUCUUCACCAUCAGCAGGCAUCAGCCAAUGAUUCUGUCCUGCAAGACUUUGCCAACAUUUUGUCCUCCCAGCUUGGAAUUCUUGAAUGGUGUAAAAACAACAACGGAGGCGUCUCCGUGGAGGCUUUACUGGCACAGCUCCACACGCUGGACAACCACUCGGCUUUGUACGUGCUGCAUUCCUUGACUCCGCUGGCUCAGUUUGAAGAGCGCCGCAUCCUGGAUCUUCUCCAGCCACCGGGAAUUGGGGACACUGAGGACAUUCGUCCUCACAGUCCUGCUACACAAAGAAACACUAUUUUGUUUCAGGGCUUCUGCACCAUGAAGUAUGCUAUCUACGCCUUGUGUGUAAAUGCCCAUAAGUACUCAGGAUGCAGCGAGUGUCAACCCAAGCGGCAGCAAGCAGCCGGGGAUGAAGGGGACCCCAGCCUUGCCACAAGUUCCACAGAAGAUUGCCAUUGGCUCUUCCAGCACUACCUGUCAGAGUGCCAACUGUAUCUGGAGGCCGUGCCCGCCAUGUUCCGCCUGGAGCUGCUGGAAAACAUCUUCUCACUUCUCUUCCUCUCAAGCGCUGACUUUACCCCACCGAGUCCCAAAGAUGUGACUAUAGACGCAAGGGAAGCCAAAUCGAGAAAGACACAGGCGGAGGAGGACCACAAGCGCCAUCGCUCUCACCUGGACCUGGGCCACUACGUGCAUGGCUGCAGGGGCUUCCUGGCGGAUGUGGAGGCCAUGGAGGGUUUUCUGAAGCUUCUCAAAGAAGGACUGGAGGGCAUGUGUUUCUUGGGCCAAGGGCACGGACAGGAGACGGGGAGGGCGCUCCCCAGAGAAGCGGAGGUGGCGGAGAGCGUGGGGUGCUCUGUGGCGGCUGGGACGUUUGGCGCCCGACUGCAGAGGUUAUCCAAACGCACCGCCGAGGCUCAGUGGAGGCUGCAGAUCAUCAGCAGCAAUCAGGCCAGCAGAGACGGUUCAGAAGAUCCUCCGCGGAUGUCAGGCGUCAGUAGCCGCGCCUCUUCUUCGGGACGCGGCAAGAGCUCCAGUUUAAGGCGAGGCAAGAAAGCCGUGAGACACGGCACAAAGAGACACGGCUCUGUGGAGAAACACGACAGUGAAGCUAGCACGAGUACUUCAGAGGAGGGACGAGCCCACGGCGGGGGCGCUGUCCAUGCGCCUCACAGCUGGUUGAUCCCCGCCAUGUUGUCCACUCCGGAAUCUCUGCUCAUGUCCUGUAUCCGCCGCGGCAACUUCAUGGAGGCCCAUCAGGUAUCUCUGGUGUUCGACCUGGCGGCGUCUGCCCCCUGCGGCGAGCUGGCAUUCAUGGAGCGCUACGCAGAAAUCCUGGUGGAGCUGGGCCGGGUGGAGGAGAAGAUGGAGAGCCAGUCCGUGUCGUCGUCGUCGUCAUCCUCCGAGGGCUUGGGGGUCGCCUCUGGGACGGGGCGAACUCGGCUGGGCAGCAGCGGACGCUCGACGCUGCAGGCUAUCGGAAGCGCGGCGGCGGCAGGUGUGGCGUUCUACUCCAUCUCCGACAUAGCCGACCGCCUCCUCAGCACGCCGGCUCACCCGCUGCCGUCCCUGGAGGAAGGCUACUGGCUGAGCAGGUGCUCCCCUCAGCCAACCGGGAUGACGGGCAAGCUGCUGGAAGAGCUCAGCCCCCCGGCCAUGGCGGCCUUUGACCUGGCGUGCUGUCACUGCCAGCUUUGGAAGACGUCCCGGCAGCUUCUGGACACCGCAGAGCGUCGCCUCAGUUACAGCCUGGAAGCUCGAGGAGUAAAAGUGGACCCCAAAGUGCCUGUUUCGGAGAACAUUUGUGGAUUUCCUGCGGUUUUAGAGCAGAUCAGCAAAAUACUUAACCAUUCUACCACCAAUAAGAGCGUGAUCAAGACGUCAGAAGGCGGCGGGGAGGAGCCGACCUACGCCUGCCCGUUUGGCCGCUGCAUCCAGGAAGUGCUGCUCUGCUGCCACCCGACGCUGAGUGAAGAGUGCAUCGCUGCCCGACUCGCUCUGAACCAACGUUUGGAGAACACCUUGCAGAUCCUGAGCUCUUCCAGCGAUGGAGCAGAAAGCAGCACGGCGGCUUCAAGUUCUCUUAUGACGCUGCUGGUGGAUCAGGCCAACUUGAAGCCAUCGGAGCUGGACGCUCACCCGGUGCGCUCCGGCACGCAGCAGCUGCUCCACGCUCUGGACCAGCUGUGCCCCUUCGAGCCCAAUGGAGAGCUGGCCCGGCCUGACUUUGUGCGCACUUUUCUCAACUACGUCAACACGCUGGCAGGGGUGCUGGUGUGCAGCCUCGGUUCUGAAGACCACAGCAGUGAGGUCAAGCUGGGGAAUCCGUUGUUGGUGUUACUUCAAGCUCCAGCGCAGCUUCUCUCCAACCUGCUGUUUGAGCGACAGGUGUCUCCUGACAGGCUGCUGUCGCUGCUGGGAGAGGCGGGGCUUCACAUCAGCGUCCAGCAGGUCAUCGUCCAACGCUGCUGUGAUGUACUUCCCGUGUGGACCGCUUGUCCAGACCCAGACCGAGACUCAAGUCAAGCAAGAAAAGGGGACACGGUCUUCAGCGUGGACGCUUUGUCCUCGCUGCUCCAGCGGCACGCUAAGGAGCACGCGUCCACGCUCAUGAUGGCCGACCUUCAGUCCGACGCCGGCUCUGAGUCGUCAUCGUCGUCACUGGGGGAGAACUCCACGUCAACCGUCAACCCUUCCGCCUCUCCUUCCUCCUCGGCACCGUCUUUUCUACUCACGCCUUCCGCUCUGGCCUUCCUGAAGUCUCGCAGCCCUCUGGUGGCCACGCUGGCGUGCUUGAGCGCUUGCAGAGGUGAGAACGCUCGCUCCCAGCCUUCUGGAUGGUCAGGUUAUUUCCGCAGCGGCCGCAAGGAGGCCGGCAUGGAUGGAGAUCAGAUUUCCAAGGAAGUCGACAACCUCCUUAAGGCGUUCCCCACCCUACGGGCGUAUCUGCACUCCAUGGCAGAACCGCUUCUGGGGUCCGCAUUCUCUGACAGCGAUGAGGGUUCUGCAGGACUCGGAGCGUCCGUGUGCGGGAAGCCUCUCGUCAGUCUCCUGCUGGGCGGUCCUCAGGAGGAAGUCGCCCGGGCUGCGGCGGCUGAGGCCUUCCAGCAGGCUCUGUGCUCCAAGGACCUGGGCCGAGCACUCAAGCUGCUGGAGCUGUACGGACCUGGCUGCAGCCAGCAGGGGGCGCUGAGGGACCGACUGCUUGCCUGGGCGGCCUUAGAGGGUGGCGAGGACGGCGUGGGACACUUGUUUCGGGUACAGGAUGCCAACCUGCGUGCCGCCGUGGCCCUGCAGGCCCUGGAUUGUUGGCCCCUGUCGGCAUGUUUGGAGCUGCUGGACUUCUGCUUGGAUGACGGCGACACGGAAUCGUCACUGAGAGCCGACCUUCAGCAGAGGAGGAAAGAGUUGGACAUUUAUCGCUGGAUGUUGGUUUUACAACCGCCGUUGCCGUGGGCGACUUGGCAGGAGCUCAGUGCCGAGUCCAAAGCCAACUCCGAGUCCAUGUUGGCCAGGAUGCUGGAGGCCAAGGAAUUUCUGCUUUGCGCACAGUGGGCGGAGCUUUAUCCCGUUAGCGAGCAGUCCCGACUGCAGCUGCAGACGGAGCAUUUGCUUCAUCUUCUGGAGAAGGAACAAACAGAUGAAGCUUUCCAGCUUCUGGAGGGUCUGCCGUGCGGCCUGGACGUUUGCGAGCGAGCACUGGACCGCCGGCCCGGCUUGGCCGCGUGUCACUUCCUGGCCGACUAUCUCACGCUGCACUUCCAGAGGCAGGUGUCUCCGGCACGGCGACGGCACAUCCACACCCUCCAUCUUGGGUCAAAGGUGAUGCUGACCCUGCCGUCCGCCGCCAGGCAGGACUACUUCCCGCUGCUGUCGGAGCCGCUGCUGAUGCUGGAGCAGCUCUUGAUGAACCUGAAGGUGGACUGGGCAGACGUGGCGGUGCGGACCCUCAGGAGCCUCCUGGCCGGUCAGGAGGCCGGCUUCGGGGCGGACGACAUCGAUGAGCUUCUGGCCGACUACGCCGGCAAGGCCCUCGACUUCACGUGCGCUCCCAGAGAGAGGUCCCGCUCCGACUCUGUCAUCAGCCUGCAGGAUGCGCUCUCCCAGUGUUCGGCUCAGGACGGCAGCGGCGUCUUGUCGUCCGCUCGGCUGGAAUCGCCGGCACCCUCUGCGAGUGCCACGCCCACGCACACGCCCUCGUCAAACAGCGCUGACAGAGAUCGUGAACGAAAACGCUCAUCGCCCGCCAAGUUCCAGCCUCCGGAGCAACCCCCGGCCCAGAAGGACUGGGUGCCCGACACCCAGCAGCAUGUUUGCAUGGUGUGUCGGCGCGAGAGGUUCACCAUGUUCAACCGCCGCCAUCACUGCCGGAGGUGCGGCCGCUUGGUUUGUCACGCCUGUUCCGAGCGCAAGAUGGCCGUGGAGGGGUGUCCCGGCGAGGAGGUCAGGGUCUGUGACCAGUGUUAUUCCUACUUUCACCCACAUAGCGAUGACGAGCUGGAAGCAAGUGAAGUGGCGGCGAGCCCCGCCUCCACGGAAGACGUCCUCAACGGCAUUCUGCACCUGCCUGAGGUGGCCCCAAGGCAGUUUCGGCUGUCCACGGACCCCGUGGAGAACCAGCUGCGGCGAAGCGAGUUCUACUACGAGCAGGCGCCCAGUGCACAUCUCUGCGUGGCCAUCUUGUCCCUGCACAGCGACCAGACGGCGUGCGGCCACCAGCUCAUCGCCCACUGCCGCUCGCUCUCCCGGAAGCUGACCAACCCGGAGGUGGACGCAUGCCUGCUGACGGACAUCAUGCGCCGGCUGCUCUUCAGCGCCAAGCUGAUGUUCGUCAAAGUCGGACGCAGCCACGACCUGGCGCUGUGUGACAGUUACAUCAGCAAAGUUGACGUGCUGAAGAUUUUAGUGGCGGCUAAUUACAAACAUGUUCCUUCCCUGGACGACAUCCUGGAGACAUCAGCUGUGACGCGACUGCGCAACCAGCUCUUGGAGGCGGAGCAUUACCAGCUAGCAGUGGAGGUGUCCACCAAGAGCGGUCUGGACCCUGGCGCUGUGUGGCAAGUCUGGGCCAUGGCCUCGUUGAAGGCGGGCAACCUCACGGGGGCCCGGGAGAAGUUUGCACGCUGCCUGAAGGCCCCCGUGGACCGGAACCAGCUCAACCCGGGCCCCACGCUUCUCCAGGAGAUUGUGAAGCACCUCGAGACCACCGUGAGACCCGCUCUGUCCACGUCUUUCAGCGAGGACAUCUUGGCCUCCCUGCACGAGCUGGAGGAGGCUCUCAAUGACAACGGCCCAGCGGAGAAAGCGGACUCCCGGAGCCAGCGGAGCGUCCUCCAUGAGGAGUGCCUGUACUACCUGAACACCUACGGCACUCUCUUGGCACUCGUCAGCUUCUACAUGCGUCAUGACAGCAUGACCGAGGCGCUCUCGCUCCUCCUCAACAAGGACUCCCCGGAGGAUGUCUUCCUCGAGGGCGUGCUGCAGCCCGCUCUGGAGAGAGGGCGUUUGGGGACGUUGCAGGACAUCCUGGAAAAGCUGGACCCCAGUCUGGAAGCGUGCAGCCGCUACCUCAUCGCCUCCUGCCAGUUCCUGCAGCGGCGAGGCUACUUCCACACGCUCUAUCAGCUCCAGCAGUUCAUGAUGGAUCACGUGCGUGCGGCCAUGACAUGCAUCCGCUUCUUCACACAUGGAGCCACUUCAUACCAGCAGCUGGGGGACCAACAGCGCUGGUUGGUGCGAGCCAAAGAGCACCUGAGGACGUACUUGCAGGAGCAGCAAUGUCGAGGCGGCAGCAGGAGGAAGUCCCAAACGGGCUCGUUCAGGAAGAUGAUGUCAUCAAGCGACGUCUCCAGGCACAUGAACACCAUCGAGCUGCAGCUGGAGGUGACCCGCUUCCUGCACCGAUGCGAGACGGCGGCUUCCGCUGGAUCGGGUCCCCUUCCCACCUUGUUUGGAGGAAGCCCCAUGAAGGCGGAGGUGGCCUGCAAGGUGAUGCUAGGAGGUAAAAACAUCGAGGAAGGCUUUGGUAUCGCCUACAGAGUCAUCCAGGACUUCCAGCUGGAGGCCCAGGCCGUGUACGUGCGGGCCGGCCAGCGUCUCAUGCGUCAAAGGAAAUUCGGCGCCGCGCGGCAGCUGCUCAAGUGCGUCAUCGAGUCCGGCACGGCCACCAGGAACGACGGCGACGCGCUCAUUCUCAGCUGCGUAGCCGUGGCGGACAAAGGAGCGGCCGAUGCCAAAGAGUUGGAGAGCCUCGUUCUGGAAACAAAGAGCACAGAAAACAAGGUCAAAGCCUACCUGCUGUGCAACAAGCUGCGGCCCGCCUACCUGCUGGCGGUCAAGCUGGAGGCUGGCCGGGCCGGUCCGCUGGUGCAGGACGUCCUGCGGGCGGCCGAGGGAGCGCAGGACUCCGUGAUGCAGAACAUCUGCCGCCAGUGGCUCCUGGAGCACCACGGCAAGCCCGGCCAGCAGCGACCGGGACGGGCCAACAACGGCAGGUAACCGCACCGUCCGCUCACCUGGAAGGCCCGCCAUGUUUCACCGACUGAAGGAAACCACAACCCGUCUCUACCUCACCUUAAAAGGAACCGUGGUAUUGCUUUUUGUACUUCUUCCACACCACACUCUUCCAGGGGGGCCUUUUGGGGCCGGCUUGGAUCACCCUGUGAAGAUUGACACUCAGCGUUUAAGGGUGGGGGUGGGGUGGUCGCUAAGUGAACAAUGAAAUAUGAUAAGUGCAUCACAGCUUUGUCAUAUGGGGGGUGCGGGUGGGGGAAUUGAACCCACCGCCACCCUCCACCCCCCACCCCCCAAGCGACAGCUAUAUUCUUUGUCUUUCAAGUCGUUCUUGAAUAUUUCAACUUUUUUUUCCCUAGUAAAAAUAUUCUAUUUUUCUUCAUAAUAUUACUACAUUAUUCUUGUAAACUUACUUUUUUUUUUUCUUGGAAUAUUUUCACUUGCGUAAAUUUACAGCUGAGACGCGUCCCGAUACUUUUGUGGGCGUAGGGUGUGGCCGAGGACUCCCCGUGAGGGACUCCCCGUGAGGGACCCCCCGUGAGGGACCCCCCGAAAGGGACCCCCCGUGAGGGACUCCCCGUGAGGGACUCCCCGUGAGGGACUCCCCGUGAGGGACCCCCCCGUGAGGGACCCCCCGUGAGGGACCCCCCGUGAGGGACCCCCCGUGAGGGACCCCCCGUGAGGGACUCCCCAAGGAAUCACGCUGGAAAUAUUUUGCCUGGAUUUUAAAGGAAUAAUGACAGUUUGAUAUCAUGAUGUGUGAUUGAUGGACGGAUGGUCUCUGCCGGGGGCUUUUUACGCCUCAUGUUGGGGCUUGGGGACUUUUUAACUCCUCAUCACUCAGGACAAAAGGGAUGAUGAUGAUGAUGAUGAAUUUAGAACACCGCUGCUUGCUGCCGCUGCCUGUUCACGGCGGCUCACACUUUAACACUUUGGACACGCAUUCCUCAGUAGGGAUGUCCGACCCCGUAUCAGCACAAAAAUUUGAUAUCGGUAUCAGAUUCUGAAAAGCGAUAUUAAAAAACAUGUCAUGUUACACAUUUGUGUCUAUCCACUAUAUAUGUCAUGUUAUGUGCCCAUCCACUAUAUAGGGGACAUGUCAUGUUACACAUAAGUAUGUGUUCAUCCACAAUUCAUGUCAUGUGACACACAUGUGCAUAUACACUAUACAUGUCAUGUGACACCUAUGUGUCCAUCCACUAUACAUGUCAUGUUACACAUAUGUGUCCAUCCACUAUAGGAGACAUGUCAUGUUACACAUGUGUCUAUCCACUAUACAUGUCAUGUUACACAUGUGUCCAUCCACUAUACAUGUCAUGUUACAUGUGUGUCCAUCCACUAUUGGAGACAUGUCAUGUUACACAUAUGUGUCCAUCCACUAUAGAAGACAUGUCAUGUUACACAUAUGUGUCCAUCCACUAUAGAAGACAUGUCAUGUUACACAUAUGUGUCCAUCCACUAUAGAAGACAUGUCAUGUUACACAUAUGUGUCCAUCCACUAUAGAAGACAUGUCAUGUUACACAUAUGUGUCCAUCCACUAUUGGAGACAUGUCAUGUUACACAUAUGUGUCCAUCCACUAUAGGAGACAUGUCAUGUGACACAUAUGUGUCCAUCCACUAUAGGGGACAUGUCAUGUUACACAUAUGUGUCCUUACACAUAUGUGUCCAUCCACUAUAUAUGUAAUGUUACACAUAUGUGUCCAUCCACUAUAUAUGUAAUGUUACACAUAUGUGUCCAUCCACUAUAUAUGUAAUGUUACACAUAUGUGUCCAUCCACUAUAUAUGUCAUGUUACACAUAUGUGUCCAUCCACUAUAUAUGUCAUGUUACACAUAUGUGCCCAUCCACUAUAGGAGACAAAAAGAGUUGGACAAUAUGGCUCUUGGUCCAAAAAGCCAAUAUUGUUAUGUCCCCUCCCCUGAGACUAUCCUGUCCUCACUGCCAGGCUUUAUACGCUGGGAAUUGUUGUUUUUUUAAGCCACGUUUUGGAUGAUUUGUUGUGAAAUUGUUUUAUAAAAAUCUAUAUUUCUCACAGCUUAAUAAUAAAAAGGAUGACACACACA